CUGCCACCGCCGGCGCCGUCGCCGGGUUCGCCACUGUCGCGGCGAUGCAUCCUCUAGACGUUGUCCGUACGAGAUUUCAAGUCCACGAUGGUCGAGGCUCCAAUCUUCCAACUUACAAGAACACGGCUCACGCAAUUUUCACUAUUGCUCGAUUGGAGCGCUUGGGAGGACUCUAUGCAGGCUUUUCUCCUGCUGUUCUUGGUUCCACUGUUUCAUGGGGCUUAUAUUUCUUCUUCUAUGGAAGAGCGAAACAAAGGUAUUCUAAAAACAGGGAUGAGCAGCUGAGCCCUGGUCUUCAUCUCGCUUCUGCAGCAGAAGCUGGUGCUUUGGUUUCUUUGUGCACAAAUCCUAUUUGGCUUGUAAAAACAAGAUUGCAGCUUCAGACUCCUCUUCAUCAAACUCAACCAUAUUCGGGGUUUUAUGAUGCCUUAAGAACUAUAGUGAGAGAGGAAGGAUGGGCUGCGCUUUAUAAAGGUCUUCUUCCCAGUCUUUUUCUGGUAUCUCAUGGUGCUAUUCAAUUCACAGCAUAUGAAGAACUCCGUAAAGUAGUUGUUGAUUUCAAGUCUAAAAAAAGCAGAAGGCAUUCUGGAAGCGCUGAUUCAGUGUUGAAUUCAGUUGACUAUGCAGCUUUGGGGGCAUCAUCUAAAGUUGCUGCUAUUCUUCUAUCAUAUCCAUUCCAGGUGAUGCGAUCUCGAUUGCAGCAACGACCUAGCAGUGAAGGAAUUCCAAGAUAUAUGGAUAGCUGGCAUGUGAUAAGGGAAACUGUACGGUUUGAGGGCGUUAGAGGUUUCUACAAGGGAAUCACCCCAAAUCUUCUGAAAAAUGUUCCUGCUGCUUCAAUAACAUUUAUUGUAUACGAAAAUGUACUGAGAUUUCUAAAAUUUGCUAGAACGAAUGAGUAAGGUCUUCUUUUGAUCCUCAAUUUUGAGCACUCGUUCUAGCUACAACGACAUUAUUUGAGGUUGGAAAUGCGGUAAUAAAAUGUGUUGGAAGGUAUAUUCAACAAA